AAGAUGAGGAACCCAAGAAGUUUAGCAAAGUUUAGUUUACGAGGAGCAAAACACUCGUUUCUGUAACUUCUCGUGGCUUCUACUUUUUGCUCUUGAAAUGAGACAGAUAUAUAAUUAAUCGUUGGAGAAAAAGAGAUAAAUGAUGAGUACAUACAAGAAGUUCUACCGCGAAGAAUGCAUCUUUAUGUAUAAACAAAUUAAACAAAUUUCUUCCUACACACAUGUAUGAAAGGAACAGCUGCAAUACUGCUGCAUUAUAUCGUUUGCAGUAUGACAAACAGAACCGAUUUGUAAUAUAAUACAAUAAACUUUAUGCGGAACGAUUUGUAAUAAAUGAAACUUAGAUACUUAAUUUUUUUAAUUGAAAGAAUUAAAUUUUCGAGAAGAUGAAAUAGGAAUUUCUUUAGUUGACUCUGAGAAUCGAAUGCGAUGUUAAAAGAGUUGCUGGAAACUUUGUUAUGAGAAUAAUUGGCACUACACUUUUUUAUAACGACGAUAUCGAGACUGGAGGUUAAGCAGGAUCUGCGGUUUACUGGCUUACUCCCAAACACGGUAUCAAACGAUAACAUCAUAGAGCGUGGGAGUACACGAGGAUACGUGGUGUUACGAUGAAAGACUGAUUUCCACUUAAGAGCGGAGCUCCAAAUCCAUUGUGCAACGUAGCCGCAAUAAGGUUUUAUAGAAAUGUAUAAAAUUAUUGCUGCUCUCUUUAUUAUUGUUUCUGUAACACGGGGAGAAGAUUAUUAUGAGAUUCUUGGUAUAAGCAGAUCCGCUGGUCAGGAUGAGAUUCGGAAGGCUUUUAAGAAGCUGGCCAUCGUCCAUCAUCCUGACAAAAAUAGUGACGAUCCAGAUGCUCAUGAUAAGUUUGUUCGAUUAACAACGGCUUAUGAGACGUUGAAAGAUAAUGACUUAAGGAAAAAAUACGAUCUUUAUGGAGAAGAUGGUCUUAAUAACUCUCACAAGAAACAAACCUAUCACUCUUGGAGUUACUAUCAAAACAGUUUUAUAUACGAUGACGACGAACAUGUUAUCAAUUUGGAGAGGAGUGAUUAUUAUGAAAGUGUUGUUAACUCUGACUCAAGUUGGUUUGUAAACUUCUAUUCUCCGAUGUGCAGCCACUGUCAUCACUUAGCACCAACCUGGAAAGAAGUUGCUAAGUUACUUGAUGGUGUCGUGAAAAUUGCAGCGGUCAAUUGUGAAUAUAAUAGCCAAUUGUGUCAUCAAGUGGGAAUACGUGCCUAUCCUACAUUGCUCUAUUUCCAAAAGAAUUCACAGCAUGGGGAGCAUUAUAGAGGAGAAAAAACGCAGGAGGCCAUUACACGUUUUGCAUUAGACGGACUAAAUAGCCACGUACCUGAAAUAAGUGAAUCGCAAUGGGAGCUGUUCUUACGCGGCAAGAACAUUGUCCAAAGACCUAUGUUAAUUUUUAUAUGUGGUGAUCAACAGAACUGUUUUACUUCCGAUGAAAGGCUUAUUGUAGCGGCUACAUUCGAUAAAUUGAUUGAUGUAAGGGUGUUUGUGUGCAAAAGUGGCAAUUGUCAUGAUAAGAUGUCUUAUAAUGUACACGCGGUCUACUUACCGAUAUAUAAUGCAUCUUCUUGGGAGCCUAUAUUCCUUGAUAACAUAUCCAAUAUAAAUACAUUGAUAGAAAGGCUCUUGGACCAAUUGCCUAGUCCACAAGAGUUACUUGACAAUGAUUUUGAGCAUAUUAGGAAAACCAAGUCCAACGUUGCCUGGCUUGUAUGCUUUUACAUUGGCGACACGGCAAAUUUGCGAGAUUUGAAUUUGCAAAUGAAGAAGUUUUCGGCCAGUGGUGUUAAUCUAGGUAAAAUGAAUUGUGGCAGAAACGGGCAGCUCUGUUCUAAACUGGGUAUAAAUCGUUAUCCAAUCUGGGGCAUGCUUAAGCCUGGCGGAGCUUUUGAAUUGAAUCAUGGAAAAAAUAUCAAUAACGAUAUUAUUAAGUUCGUGCAAAUUAGUGUGAAAGCUACAAACGUUUGGGCUCUCUCUGCAGAAGAAACGUUAUCGAUAUUACAAAGAAAUCAUGCAGAUGAAGUAUGGUUCCUAGAUUGGUUUUCACCGUGGUGUCCACCUUGUAUACAGUUUCUGUCUGAACUUCGGAGAGCGUCGUUAGAAUUUGAUGCAUCAGUAAUUCGUUUUGGUACCAUUGAUUGUACCGUUCAUAACACGCUGUGUCAUCAAUACAACAUACAGUAUUAUCCUACCGCAAUGCUCAUAAAUGGUAGCAAUACACAUCAAUUCACGUUACCAAAGACAGCUGCGAAUGUUAUUCAAUUCAUUAAUGAGAAAAGAAAUCCAUCAGUUAUAGAACUGACGUCGGAAAACUUUUAUCAUAAAUUGGCGAAGAAGAAAAGUAAAGUUAUAUGGAUCGUUGAUUAUUUUGCGCCAUGGUGUGGACCGUGUCAAAGAUUAGCACCCGAAUGGAUGGCCGUUGCGAAGUCGCUGAGCAGUUUGUCGUUUGUAAACGUUGCCAGUGUAGAUUGCGAGGCUGAGGCUUCCUUAUGCGCGUCGCAAGGAGUACGUUCUUACCCCAACAUUAGAAUGUAUCCAUUAGGAAGCGAGGGUCUAAAUACAAUCGCCUUGUACAAUGGGCAACGAGAUUCGUUAUCUAUAUUAACAUGGAUAACAACAUUCUUCCCAAAGAAAAUCCAUGAUUUGAAUUCUUCCGACUAUCAGAAGCUGUUGAAUAGCAAGCAUAUAUGGCUCGUCGAUUUUUAUUUACCACAAUGCUGGCAUUGUCAAAAGAUGGAACCUGAGUUUGCAAUUGCUGCUCAGUUGCUGGAAAAAGUUAAAUUUGGAAGAAUUAAUUGUAACUUUUAUGCGCAUGAAUGCGCACAUAUAAAAGUAUUCCCGACACUAAUGUUAUAUAAUUCUAAGCAGAAAAAACAAAACAGAUACGAUGGUAUCAAAAUUUCUGCGGCAACGGCUGAGGUAAUCAAGGAUGAAAUUUUAGAGAUUAUUAAUUCUCACACGAAACAUGACGAACUAUAAUAGACAAAGUGCUUAAAUUGAAUUUAAGGCUUUUAUUUUAUCAUGAAUUCUUGUUGCAAUAUACGGAUAAUUUAUUUUUUUCACAUGCCAUCAUGCAGAUUUGAUAUAUAGCUUGGUAAAUACAAUUUCUCUUUUCAAUACGUGAGUUAAUAAUUAGUUAUACUAAGCCUCUUUAUAUAAGAGUCUUAAUAAGCUCUUUUUGCUAUAAAUGUAGGAUAUAUGGACUAAAUUAUGCAUCUAUUUAUUAAAGCAACAUAUAUAUAAUGCAUACUUCACAAAUCUAUACCAUUAAAUGAAUCAUGGCAUAGGAAAAACUAAUCUAUUUCAAUACAUAUAAGAAAGAAAAUUCAUCAGAUGACUUCUUGCAUCUGAUACCACAAUUCAUUUUACUGAAUUGUUGCAACGAGGAAACGGAAGCCUCAACAAAUGUUAGUAAUGUACUUAUCUGUAAUUGAUGUGUUACUCGACUACUGCAACUAAUGUUUGCCGUUUACUCCGACGCGGUCCAUUCUUCCAAAAGGAACCAAGAAAAAACUAGACCAGAAAUAAUUUUGGUCCCAUUGUGAUACUUUUUAUACAUUUAUGUACAUAGCAAUUAAUAAAAUCUCUAUGAACAAA